CCAGGGGCUGUAUAUCGGGAGCGGUAGCUCGAAGUUAAGUGAUAACGUUCGUCGUGGUGCACCUGGACGACGGCACCGUGGAGAGUCGCGGGCAGCAAGGCCCCCAGAGCGGGCUUGGCCUCCUCGGUGAUUCGCGAGUAGCCGCCAACAUUCGCGUCUUCUUCUCCACUAGGAUCGGAAGCGCGCUUCCGGAUACGGGUUGACCGGAUGGCACUGCGUUACCCCGCACCCGUCAAGCCUUAAUCACCAUCACCAAGACAUCACCAGAAGCGACACCAACCACCAACUGAGAUGGCGUCGUUCAACUUCCACGUACCCCUAGUCAACAUGGAGUUCACGGAGCUCAGAGAGGUCGUCUGGGCGAAGCUCCAAGAGCCGAAGUCCCAGAGGAAGCUGAUCAUGCUCAUCGUCUGCAUAGCGCUGUUGUUGGACAAUAUGUUGUACAUGGUGAUAGUGCCUAUAAUACCGGAUUACUUGCGUUACAUCGGCGCGUACAAAGAUGAACCACAGCCUAUAUUGCCGGGAAACGUUACGCUUCCACCAGGUACUCCCUACAAACACGACCACCACGGCCAGGAUUCGGCUACCGGCAUCCUAUUCGCAUCCAAGGCCAUAGUCCAGCUCCUGGUGAACCCUUUCUCGGGGGCAGCCAUCGACCGGAUAGGUUACGACAUCCCCAUGAUGAUCGGUCUCUGCAUAAUGUUCCUCUCGACGGCCACAUUCGCAUGUGGCCGAAGCUACGGCCUCCUGUUCUUCGCUCGGAGCCUCCAGGGAGUCGGAUCGGCCUUCGCGGACACAUCAGGCAUGGCCAUGAUCGCCGACAGGUUCACGGAGGAGAACGAAAGGUCCAAAGCCUUGGGUAUCGCCCUAGCCUUCAUCAGUUUCGGUUGCCUGGUGGCUCCACCUUUCGGAGGCGCUCUGUACCAGUUCGCCGGAAAGGAGGUCCCGUUCCUCAUCUUAGCCUGCGUGUCCCUGAUCGACGGAUUCAUGCUGCUCUUGGUUAUGAAACCCAUAAAAGAACAAUGGAAGAUCUCCCAGUGCACGGCGGCUCCGUCGGUCCCCAUCUGGAAGCUGUUCAUGGACCCCUACAUCGCGGUGUGCGCCGGCGCUUUGAUGAUGUCCAACGUCGCCUUGGCUUUCCUGGAGCCAACCAUAUCGCUGUGGAUGGAGGACAACCUCACCACGGAGAACUGGAAGAUCGGCAUGAUUUGGUUGCCGGCCUUCUUCCCUCACGUGGCGGGGGUGUACGUCACCGUCAUCAUGUCCAAGAAGUACCCCACUUACCAGUGGCUGAUGGCGGCAGGCGGUUUGGCCUUGGAAGGCAUAUGUUGCUUAUUCAUCCCCUUUUCCACGUCCUACAUACUCCUGAUGAUCCCCAUCUGUGGGAUAUGCUUCGGAGUAGCUCUAAUAGACACAGCCAUUCUUCCCACUCUCGGUUACCUGGUGGACGUACGUUAUGUAUCAAUCUACGGAAGUAUUUACGCCAUAGCAGAUAUUUCGUAUUCUCUUGCUUACGCAGUCGGGCCUGUUAUAGCAGGUGGUGUAGUUGAUUCUAUAGGUUUCACCGCUUUGAAUCUACUAAUAGCGUUUUCUAAUCUUCUUUACGCUCCUGUGUUGAUGUACCUUAAGGACAUCUACGACUUCAAGCCAUUCGAGAACGAGGCCAACAUCCUUAUGGCUGAUCCUCCCAAUCGGGAGUAUCAAACUUACUCCAUGCAGGAACAAAAACCUGUUGGUGGAGAGGUCCUGAAUCAUUUGGAGUAUCGACAACAACAACAGGAGGAAACUUCUUUCGACGGUGGUUAUCAGCAGGUUAACGAUACAAGUUAUCAGCAGUAUCAAGGGCCUCAGUCGACGUAUAGUGAAAAUACUUAUCAGCAACCACCACAGGCCCCUAUGAGGUCUGCUGGGUGGUCUCAACCAACGGAACCUGCCCAGCCGAAUCCGUUUAGGCCUCAAGAUACAUCUUCAACAGGAAGGAAUCCUUUUAGGCAGGGAUUGUAAACGUAAACAGUAUGUUAUCCGUUAUUAUAUACAUAGCGAGUUGUUCUAGUCUAUGUACAUAUCACACAAUUGUUCCUCUUGAUUUGUAAAUAACUGAAAUGUUGUAGAAUAGGGAUAUAUCGAUUUUAUAUAAAUUUCGUACUUGAUAAUAUCUCAAGAUCCUUUCUAUACUCUGACAAAAUCAAUAUUCAAUGUAACUAGUUUUCUUUAAAUACUUCCAUAUCGUUCAAAACCGGUUUGAAACUGAACUGAAGCUCAUAUCGAUUGGAGCUUUCUCAGGUCACUUUGAAAUCAGUUCGUAAAAUAUUUUGUUGAAUACUCGUAUCGUAAUUUUCUCUACUUUUGAUCCUUAGAGUUAUUAUCAAGUACUAGUAUGAAUUCAAAAACUGUAUAGUCUAUUUUGAAUUAAGUAUUUACUUAUGUUUAUAUUACAUUACGUUAAACAUUUUAUAAAGAUAUCAACUGAGAUCACAUACAUAUCAGAAUCGAAUGAUUCGCUUUGUUAAGACGUGAUAGGCCAAUAGUUUGGUCACUUUAGAUUUAGGUGUAUAUAAUUCCUUAUAAUAUACUUAGUUGAGGGAUAUUUGCAGUAGAAAUAUUGAAUAUAUUCAAGAAAAUGAAAUUUUUGUUUUUAGCUAUAUUGAAACAGUUAUUAUAUUGGGCUGUUGAGUAGUUCAAAACUUGUUGAGAUGGAAAAGAACAUCAGUAAAUAUAUGGAGUUCUAUUCAGCAGAACAAUUUUCAAAUGUCAUAGAAUGUGAAAUGAUAUAUUUUAUCCUCGAGAAAAAUUCAAUAUUUUUAUUCAAGUAGAUGCUGUAGAUUUAACUAGAUUAGGCUAGAACCUGAGAUAUCACUACUAUAGUAGCCCGCUAUCACCCCCGUCUCCUUGUAAACGUGUAUAUUCAAGUUGGAUUUUAUUCAAAUAGCUCUCUGAUAGUUGUCAAUUUCCAUGUGAAUACAAUUCGAAUAAGUGUGAGACACAUCUAAUAUCUCAUUUUGAUAUUAAUAUAAAUACGUUUGGUGACCAGAAAAAUUGCUCAGAUGUGUAGAUAAUAAUAUACAUAUGCUCCCCUAAUAACUGUAAAUUUUCCUGGAAAAAAUUUAACCGAUAUUAUAAACAAUUUGAGAAAAAUCGAUUAACAUAUGAUAUUGUAGGUAACCUUAAUAUUGAGAAAGGAGAUAUCUUAACUUUAGACGAAAAAGAACAUUCUAAUGAAAAAAAAAAAAGGAUUUGGAUAUGGUUUCGGACACAGUUACGUGAAGAAAUUUCAUCAAUUUUGAAAAUAAAAUAUUCCAAGAUGAAAGAACUCUAUCUUAUAUAUUUUGCUUUCUCAUUGACACGAAAGCAGAUAUUAGUUAAUUCAAACUGUUUACUCCAUUAAGAAUACACCAACUGGGAUAUUAUCCAAUUUAAGAUAGUCUAAAUAAUAUUCAAUGGAAUAUGUCAAAAAAAUCCUGAAAUAUUCCUACUAUGGUAUUAAAAUGAACAGCUAAUUGAAGGUGCACAAAUACAAAGAGAACUAAUAAAUAAAAUCCAAUAGGAGAUAAGCUGAGAUGUUAGCUGUUUUAUAACUUUUUUUUUCGAUCAAGUGAUUUAAAUGAGCUUUUAGGUGUUGUGCUAGUCGGUUGAAAAUUCAGCAAUAAUAUAUUUCUUUUUGUCUUGAUGGAAAAAUUCUCAGACCAAACUGCAAAAUAUCGUAUAACUAAAGCAUCGAAAAAUAGACAUAUCUGUACAUUUUCUGCUGUGGUGCCUAUAGAUGAAAUAUCUUGACUUGAUAGAAUAUGUAGUUGAAUCCAUAUCGUAGAUAUUUUGACAUAUGUCUCGUAAUAUCUAAUCAUUGUGAAAGGACUAUUGAUUGUUAUUUCAACAAUUUGUAUACAUCUGAAAUCAUGCAUAUCUCAUAAAGUAUUCAAAAAAAUGAUUCGAUAUCUUUGAGAAUUGUACUUUUUGUCCGAAUCUAACCUAUUAUAAUCAGUCGAAGUUUAACAUCGAUGGUAUUUUUGAGAAGAUAUUGUUUUGUUCUAGUUUCUAUUAUUGUUGGAGUAUUCAAGAAUUUUCCUUAUUUUUCAAUUCAAUUCGAACUUCAUUCCUCUUUUGUUACUUUAGAAUGACAUUUCAUAUCAAGAAAGAACGGCUGCUCUUGGGGGGAAAGAUCAUAGAUAGUUUGAGUAGCAUAAAAUAUAGAUGUUUUCAUGUCAGAUGCUAUCUAAAAUUAUAGAUAGAUAUUCGAAAACAAGAAACUAGAAUGAUAUCAGCGAAAUUUCAGAAUUUUUCCUUUAUUCAGUGUUGAUUAUGAAUUGAUGUUGAUGACUUCUUCGAUUAACAGCAAAUAUCAAAUAUAAAUGUAUCAGCUUCUAUAAUGAUCUCCCUAUAGUCGUUGUUACAAAAUUUUUGAAAUCAUCAUCAGAAUCGUUAGAAAGCUCGUUAUCGGUUUACGUUGUAAUCAAGUUAUAGUAUGUAUAGAAUAAUAAAGUAAUGUUAUCAGUGUAGGAUAUCAGAAGUGACAGAUGCGUGCUGGUUUUAAUAUAUAAGAUGUACUAGUAUUGUUUUUUUUUUCAAUCAUAGGUAUAUAAAUAACCAAUAUUUGUUAUUAGAUGAAUCAGGUAUCGCCUUAUACCACUAUGUCUCGAAGUUGUAAAAAUCAUGAAUGGGUCUAUUAAAAUGAUUGUUAAUCAA